AAUUUAUAUAACGCUGUGUUUUGUAACAUGAUCAGUGUCCCAAAGUAACCAGACUAGCUUAACGAGGCCAAGAAAUGUUGCGCGGGAAAAUCGUAUCAAAACACAAAGCUAUUCGGUUAUGCCCAAGCCACACUUGUUCUUUCAUUAAUUUCACUACCUCGUCAACACCUUUCUUACAAAACUCUACUAGCUCACUUAACUUAUUUUCACCUUACUUCACUCCGAUCCAGAACCUAGUAAACCAAUACAAAUCACCCCAUGCCCACCUCACUUUAAGUCCUUUUUCACAUAAAGAUCACAAUUUUUUGGACCAAACUUCACAAAAGUUUGAAAAUCUUGUGUUUAAGUGCAAGAAUUGUUGUGAUAUAAGGGGUGCUAAACAGCUUCAGUCACAUGUGAUUAAAGAUGGGUUCUUUAGUGAUGUGUUCUUGUCGAAUAGUCUUAUUAAUUUGUAUGUUAAAGUUGGUGAUUUGGGGUCUGCGAGGCUGGUGUUCGAUGAAAUGUCUGAGAGAAAUAUGGUCACUUGGGCUUGUUUGGUUUCUGGGUAUGUUCAGAAUGAGUUGUCUGAGGAGGCUUUUGCUGUUUUCCGAGGUAUGGUGCGUGAGGGGAUUGUUCCGAAUAGUUAUGCGAUUGGGAGUGUUUUGCGAGGGUGUUAUGCCCUUGGAAGUAGGGGUGUUGUGCCUGGUUUGCAGAUUCAUGGGUUGGUUUCGAAAACGGUGUAUGCGUUUGAUGUGGUUGUUUGUAAUGUGUUAAUUUCGCUUUAUGGGGGGUGUAUGGAGAGUCCGGAUUAUGCAUUUCGUGUUUUUGGUGAGAUAUGUGAGAAGAAUUCAGUGUCGUGGAAUUCUAUUAUUUCGGUUUAUUCUAAAAGAGGCGAUGCGUGUUCUGUGUUUGAGCUGUCGUCUGACAUGCAGAAGGAGGGAUCUGGAUUUAGUGAGUAUACAUUCGGCAGCCUGAUUACUGCAGCAUGUUCUUCUGUUGAGUAUGGAUUGUCUUUGCUUAAGCAGAUUUUGGCCAAAGUUGAAAGAUUUGGUUGUCUUGAAGACCUGUAUGUGGGCAGUGCUUUGGUGAGUGGUUUUGCAAGAUUUGGUUUGCUGGAUAUAGCUAUCGAGAUUUUUAAACAGAUGGGGGCGAGGAAUGCAGUGACUUUGAAUGGACUGAUGGUUGGAUUGGUCAGGCAAAAAAGAGGAGAAGAGGCAUUUUAUAUUUUUAAGGAGAUGAAUGAUUUGGUUGAAAUUAAUUCUGAUUCCUAUGUUGUCCUCUUGAGUGCUUUGGCUGAAUUUAAAUUGCCUGAUGAAGGAAGAAGCAAAGGUAAGAUGGUUCAUGGCUAUGUUAUUCGAACUGGUUUAUGUGAUUUUAAGGCUGAAAUUGGGAAUGGUCUGAUCAAUAUGUAUGCAAAAUGUGAUGCAAUUGAUGAUGCUUGCUCUACAUUCAAGCUCAUGAGAAACAAAAAUUCAGUUACAUGGAAUUCUUUAAUUUCUGCUCUUGACCAGAAUGAAUGUUUUGAAGAUGCAAUAAUCAGCUUUCAUGAUAUGAGGAGAAGUACCUUGAUUCCCUCGAAAUUCACCCUUAUUAGUGCUCUGAGUUCAUGUGCUAGUUUGGGUUGGAUGAGAAUGGGAGAACAAAUACAUUGUGAAGGGCUAAAGUUAGGACUAGAUACGGAUGUUUCUGUAUCAAAUGCUCUUCUUUCUGUAUAUGCAGAGUGUGGAUGUAUUACAGAAUGCAAGAAAGUUUUCUCCUUCAUGCCGGACCAUGAUCAAAUUUCCUGGAAUUCGAUUAUUGGAGCGUACUCUAAUAACGAGGGACCAAUUUCUGAAAUUAUAAACCAUUUCAAGAAAAUGAUGCAAGAGGGAUGGAGUCCUAAUGAUAUUACCUUUAUAAACACCCUUGCAUCAGUAUCAUCUCUAACUUCUUGUGAACUGGGCAGACAAAUCCAUGCAUUAGUAAUUAAGUGUGCACUUAUGAAUAGCACUCCCAUUGAGAAUGCCUUUCUUUCUUUCUAUGGGAAGUGUGGUGCAAUGGUGGAAUGUGAAAAUAUUUUUUCCGGAAUGUUUGACAGGAGGGAUGAUAUGAGUUGGAAUUCCAUGAUUUCUGGAUACAUACAUAAUGGGAUGUUACCCAAUGCCAUGAAUUUGGUUAGACUUAUGUUGCAGAGUGGCCAGAAAUUAGAUUGCUUCACAUUUGCAUCUGUUCUUAGUGUGUGUGCCUCAGUUGCAACCUUAGAGCAUGGCAUGGAAGUUCAUGCUUGUGGAAUUAGAUCUUGUAUGCAAUCUGAUGUUGUAAUUGGUAGUGCGCUUGUUGACAUGUAUUCCAAGUGUGGAAGAAUUGAUUAUGCUUCUAGGUUUUUUGAGCUAAUGCCUGUGAGGAACAUUUAUUCUUGGAAUUCAAUGAUAUCAGGCUAUGCACGACAUGGCCAUGGAAACAAGGCUUUAGAUAUAUUUGCAAAGUUGAAGCUACAUGGCCCUUUGCCAGAUCCUGUUACCUUUGUCGGUGUCUUGUCAGCAUGUAGUCAUGUAGGGUUGGUCGAUGAAGCGUUCAAACAUUUUGAAUCUAUGUAUAAAGUGUACAGACUGACUCCUCGGAUGGAACACUAUUCUUGUAUGGUUGAUCUUCUAGGACGUGCUGGAGAAUUUGAUAAGUUAGAGGACUUUGUAAACAGAAUGCCAAUGAGUCCAAAUGAUCUUAUAUGGAGAACAGUUCUUGGGGCUUGUUCUAGAGCAAAUGGUCGUAAGAAUGACUUGGGAAGGAAGGCUUCUGACAUGCUGAUGAAAUUAGAACCCCAAAAUUCUGCCAACUAUGUGCUGCUUUCUAAUAUGUAUGCCUUUGGAGGAAAGUGGGAAGAUAUGGAAAGGACUCGAAGAGAUAUGAGCAAGGCAGCGAUAAAGAAAGAAGCUGGAUGCAGUUGGGUCACUAUGAAGGACGGGGUUCAUGUUUUUGUCGCAGGAGACAAAUUGCACCCAGAUAAAGAUGCAAUAUACGAAAAACUCAGGGAACUUCAGACAAAAAUGAAAGAUGCAGGAUAUGUGCCUGAAACAAAAUUUGCUCUGUUUGAUCUUGAUCCAGAGAACAUAGAAGAACUUCUGAGCUAUCACAGUGAGAGGCUUGCAGUUGCUUUUGUUCUCACUCGCACAUCAGAAUUGCCUAUAAGGAUAAUGAAAAAUCUUCGAGUUUGUGGGGAUUGCCACUCUGCCUUCAAAUAUAUAUCGAAAAUUGUUUGUCGGCAAAUAAUUUUAAGAGACUCAAGCAGGUUUCAUCAUUUUGUCGAUGGAACGUGUUCUUGUGGAGAUUACUGGUGAUUGAAAUCAUGUGAAUUGCAGCACAGUGAUUAUUUGCAAAUGUCACACCAAGUGUGUAAUGCGAACAGCUUAUUUUCAUGCCGAAGACAUUUUACUUGCACAGAAUGAGAAGAAAACUGAUGUUGCUAUUGCCUCUAGAUCAGCAAUUGCAGAUAUAGCAAAUACAUUUCAUGACAAAAUGUACAUAAAGUCAAAAUCUGCAGACAAGGUGAGUUCUAACAUUCCUUGUGUUGUUUUCUUUGCUUAUAUUAUGUCCAAACCACUUAUUGCAUGAUGACUUUGGUAUUUGUGAAUUGUUGAAGUUAUAGUUGAGUGCUUUAGGACGAGUGGCAAGUCAAUGACAAUGAGUAGUCUAGCAUUGCCAUAUGAUCCGCUUAAAAUAUUUCCAUGAUCUAUUUCCAUCCGGUUUUAGAAGAAUUUUACCCUAGCUGGAAACGAAAAACAGAGCAUUUUAAAUGAUUGACCUCUAUAUAGUGUGCCACAGAAGUUCAUGCUUUCCCCGUGAUGAUGAUCGGAACACAGAAUUGGUAAACCUGUCUUGCUUCAUAUUCUUGAAAGUUGCAAUUGUUAUUAUUGUGCUUCGCUGCAGGAAGGUUUUGCUAAUUAAAACUUUUUAUAUGUAUUUACCUUGCACGUAUGAAAGCAAUCUGCUAUGCAUAGGCGGGGUUCCAAGCAUCUUAGUUGAUGUGGGGUAGACCCUGGAGCAUUUAGCCAGGGCUCGUGAGAGAGAGAAUCUUUUCGAGAUUAAGGUCCACUGCAGACUGGAGAGGAACAAGCAGAACUGGAAGUCGUACUCAUACAUCAAGUGCCAAUGAAUAAUGAUCCAAGUAUUCACUCUGGCUGGACACAUAAUCCAUGUUUAUAAAAUGAUUUGGGCAACACUGAAUGGUUUACUUCACGAUCAUUCUCUCAGACCAGCUACUGCAGGACCCUCCGCGGAAUACAGUCAAGUAUUUCAGGGAACGUCGCUGAUUUUUGCUGAUAUGCUAAUGAGAGAAGUGUUUAAUAUUUACUUUAUUAGUAUGAUGAUAGAAUAUGAGAAGAGAGACUGCCGGUUUGCUCAGUAUAUCAUGUUCUUAGGAGGUCAAAUUUUUGAAUCUAUGAUAUUUUAUUAUUUUCACACUAAUAAUCAAGCAUUGAAAUGAC